UAACAUCCUUUAGGUGGCAGUAUAUGGUUGAGGUACUAGUUGAGGUGCCAAAAGAAACUGAAACUAGAAGGAGACCGGGCGGCGCGUGCGUUGUAUUGAAAACAGGACGUUUCAUUACCGUCACUAAAAUAAAGAAGUAUAAUGGAUCUAACGGAGCAGAUCAAUCAGUUGGAGGCAGACUUAACAGAACUUGGGUCCCUUUUGGAGAAGGCUGAGAGAAAGAGAGUUAAAGAUGUGCUGACACAAGAGAUAAAGAAAGUGGAGAAAGAUCUCUCAGGCAAAAAACAACAGAAGGAGCAACUUGCCAGAAAAGAUGUGAAUUCCUCAGCAGCAUCUAAAGUGGCAUACACAGUCAAAAUCACAAACUAUGCGUGGGAUCAGUCUGAUAAAUUUGUGAAAAUCUACCUCACACUGAAGGAUGUGCACAAGAUUCCAUCAGAAAAUGUUGAAGUCACUUUUACAGAAAGUUCAUUUUCUGUGCUGGUAAAGGAACUUGAUGGAAAAAACCACCAGAUGACCAUUCUAAGCUUAUUACACCCUAUCAAUGAGAAGGACAGUUAUAAAAAGAUAAAAACAGACAUGCUUCUGAUAAUGUGCAAGAAACAGUCCACACAAAAGUGGGACUACUUAACAAAAGUGGAAAAGCAGUCGAAAGACAAAGACAAACCAAAAAUGGAUGACAAUUCAGAUCCCAGUGAUGGCCUGAUGAACAUGCUCAAGAAGAUUUACGAUGAAGGAGACGAUGAGAUGAAGAGAACAAUCAACAAAGCCUGGUCAGAAUCCCAGGAGAAGAAAAUAAGAGGAGGGGCUCCAGACAUGAUGGACUUUUGAGCUUGGAUCCCACCUCUUCCUCACUGUAACAUCAAGUGAGACAAUGAGUUGAACAUGUUUAGAUUAAACCCACUACACCAAGAGUUUAUAUUGCCUUUACCACAUUAGGUCUAUCACGAAAACAAAUUUUGAUGUGCACUACAGUGCAAGUAAAUAUAGGCGAUAAACAAUAAAACUGAAAGAAGUUCAUAAUUCCUCUUCAGCUCAGAUCUUAUCAUAUUGCUAAUUGCAUAUUGACCACAAAAAAUAUUGUUCAGCUUGCAUAUAUUGAACUAUAAGUCGAUGUAGUAAUUAUCAUGACAGGCCUAUACCACACCGAUCUAUCAUUACUUAAUAUUACGUAAUACCUAAUAUGAACAGGAAGGCAUCUUAACUAAAUUCAUAGACUGAGUGGUAUGCAUUCCUUUAUAGUUGCACUCAAAAGAUGCCAUUCAUGUGUUCUUUCCUUUUCUGUCAUUCCUUUAAUAGAUAAAGGUAUUCCUAGAAACAUCAUUCCAGAAAUAUCUGAAUAUAUUAAUGUGUGCUGUCACCAUGGAGGUAGUAGAGUUUGACAUAAAAUUUCAAUACACCUGGCUGUGUAAUAUGUUCCAUAAAAAUGUAAAUGUAAACUUAAAUGUAAUGUAAAGUUAAUGCCUGACAUUACCAAUAUUCUGUUUGGCUAAACACAGUUGUGUUGUUUCUUUAAAAAAACAAAGCCACAUCAAAACUCUGUGAAAUAAUAAAAGUUGAUUAAAUUUA